AUGGCAGCCAUUCUGAACUUGAUAUUUGCAGUUCUUUUCCUCUCUCUCAUUGGCCAAGGACAUUGCCAAUGCUCUCUGGACAAUAUUAAGAUCAGCCAUUCUCAAACAGGAAAAACUGUGGAAAACAAGCCUGAAUGGAAGGUGACAAUCUCUAAUCGUUGCUCAUGCUCCCAGUCUGAACUGAAAUUGAGCUGCAAUGGAUUUCAGACGGUGGAAACCAUAGAUCCUUCAGUUUUGGCUAAAUCAGGAGGGGAAUGCCUCGUUAACAAUGGGCAGCCUGUGCCUCCGUUCGGUGAUUUCAAUUUCAACUAUGCUUGGGAUACUUCGUUUCCCUUCAGCCCCCUUUCCUCCCAUAUCAACUGUUCUUAA